UUCCGGGAACAAUCAAAACUGAAAGUAGGAUUUGUUUACAACUUUCAACGGUGGAAGAUCACACGUGGUUCUUGUGUAUGGAUGGAAUUUCAUUCAGCUGAUUGAGACCAACAGCACUAAAAGAUGAGCCGACUAAAAACUAGCUUUGCCCUUAGUGAAAAGUUUUCAGCCUUUUUCACUGGAGGACAACUUCAGGUGACAAGUGAUGGGGGCAAACUUUUUUGUUCUUGUGGCAAAGAGAUCAAAGUUGUAGAUGUCAAAACAGGAAGGGUUGAGUCAACUUUUGGACAGGAGGAAGAUGAAGAAAUCACCCAGUUCGUUUUAACAAAGGAUGAUGAAUUCCUCAUCUUAGCCACACAGAAUCAGCUGUUUAGGCAGUGGAAGUGGAAAGAUAAGCUCUUGGUCAAGACAUGGCGGUCAGUGCACAAUGCACCAGUAACCUCUCUGGCUUUCGACCCUACGGUCACACUGCUUGCCUCGGGAAGUGCGGACUUCACAGUCAAACUGUGGGACAUCGUGCGCGGCUACUUCACACAUAACUUUAGGGGCCACACUGGAGUUGUCAGACUGACUUCUUUCCACCCAAGUCCAGACCGCUUGCAAUUGGUGACAGCAGCAGAGGACUACACUGUGAAAAUAUGGGACCUGAAGUCCAGCAGCCUGAUAUUGUCGAGUCAGUGCCAUACCAGUCUAGUCACAUCUGUGGCCUUUGCUGACGGUGGAGAUACCAUGUACAGUGCGGGCAAAGACAACGUCGUAUGUGUCUGGAAAACAGCCAAAUGGAAAGUUUUCAAGACUAUUCCAGUAUUUGAGCCCAUUGUGAGUGUCCUGGUACCACUGGAGUUCCCCAGCUUGGUGGAUGAGGACGAGGCCUCUCGGUUCAUCACUGUCAGCACCACUGGAGAAGUCCGUGUGAUCAAUGCUCAAUCUGGGAAGCGUGAGUACUCCAACAACUGUCGAUUGAGCGACCUUGACAGUAGCAAAGAGGACGGUGAUGCCUACCUCACUCAGGCUGUGUAUUGUGCAGAUCUCAAUGGCAUCAUACUGGCCACCUAUGACCAGAACAUCAUCAUUCUCAGCAAAGACUUCACUACGGAAAAGCAGCUGUGUGGUCAUCUGGACGAUGUUCUCUCUGUGCGCUUUGUGGGUGAUGGGGACAGCCAUGUUGCCGUGGCAACCAAUACGGAGCUGCUCAAAGUUUUCAGCAAAGAAUCAUGGGAAUGUCAGCUUCUCCAAGGUCAUUCUGAUAUCAUCACCUGUCUUGAUGUUCAUGGAAACUUCAUUGUCUCUGCUUCGAAGGAUUCCAGCAUUCGCUUGUGGCAGCUAUCAUCAGACACAGGAUAUGUAACUUGUGUGGCCACAGGUCAAGGUCACACCCAAGCAGUGCAAGCAGCAUCGCUUGCCAGAUCUGGUGCACGUCCAGCUUUUAUUGCAUCAGGUGGUGUGGACAGGACACUGAAAAUCUGGGCUUUCCCUGUAGAGUCGGAUGUGACACCCAUGUCUACUUUGAGGGUGUGUGCCACAGAGCAUGCUCACGAUAAAGACAUCAACAGCAUUGCUGUAGCUCCUAACGACAAAAUUCUUGCCACAGGAUCACAGGACAAAACUGCCAAGGUGUGGAGCGUGAACGACAGUCUAAAUGGACUCACUCUGUUGGCUGUUCUCAGGGGACACAAACGGGGAGUCUGGGGCGUCCAGUUCUCACCUGUUGACCAGGUGGUGGCUACAUGUUCGGGAGAUGGUCACAUAAAGCUGUGGAGCAUCACAGACUUUUCAUGUGUUAGGACAUUUGAAGGUCAUGACAGCUCUGUCCUGUCCAUUUCAUUCUUAUCACAAGGUCGCCAGAUACUUUCCAGUGGCUCAGAUGGCCUCCUCAAGUUGUGGUUGAUCAAGACUAGUGAAUGCCUCAAGACUCUGGAUGGCCACGAGGCUAAAGUAUGGGCCACUGCCAUCAGCAAGGAAGAGGAUUAUUUAUUAUCAGGCGGAGCUGAUUCUGCUCUCAUCCUUUGGAAGGAUGUCACUGAAGAGGAGGAAGUGGCCAAGCAAGAGGAGAUGCAGAAACAAAUUGUUCAAGAACAAGUUUUGUCCAAUCUGAUUGCUGACAAAAAGUUUGUGCGAGCUCUGGGUCUUGCUAUUUCUCUAAACAAACCUUUUAUGGCUCUCAAUGUGAUGAAAGAAAUUGUGAAGCAGGAGGAUGGUGCGAAACUAAUGGAGAGGCUGGUGUGCAAAUUGCGAAUGGAUCAAAUAGGAUCCCUGCUCAAGUUUGCCGUGGACUGGAACACUAACAGUCGCAACUGCCAGGUGGCUCAGCUCCUGUUGAGUUUGAUCCUGCGGAACUUCCUGCCAGGAGAACUGGUUCAGUUGCCGGACAUCCAGAACGUUGUAGAGGCUCUCACCGUCUACACAGACCGGCAUCUUCAGCGCUUGGACAGUUUGCUGAUUGAUUCCCACUUUGCAGAGUACUGCUACAGCUGUAUGAAAACUGCCUGAAUUGUGUUGAAUAAUACCAGUGCAAGUUGUUUGCUUGAUAACAUGACUGGUACUGGGCUUCAUGGGAGAGGGGGGGUGGGGGAUCACACAAGUAGGCUGUCUGUUUGGAAAGGAAAGAGAAUCGUUGUGUGAGAGUAGCAUACACAAGUGACAGAGUGUUUCUGUGAAAUGAUACUGAGAGGCAAGUAUUUUGACCUGUGAAAUUUUUGUUUCCCCUCCCAGUAGUGGUAAAAAUAGUUGUUCAGCAUGGGGAAUGAUAAGCCCCUCAUUUAAGUGAAAUGUUAAGGGUGUAAUGCUUUCAUUUUCUGAUUAAAUUCCUUACAGCCGAGUGAAGCAUAGUAAUGGAUACCCUCAAAUUGUGACUGGCCAGUGUGACAGUGUAAAUUACUUUCUUUCAACGUUUCUUUGAAUAUGCUGUUCAUAUUGCUAGUGUGAAACACUAAGUGUAUCAAUUGCUUGUAUCUACUGCUACCUUGAUCUUAUUGUUAGUAUUUUAAAUAUGUAUAUCUUCUUGGUGUCUCAAACAAAAUUGAAA